AUAACAUUUAAAAGAGAGCGAGAAACUAAAAAGGGAAUUAAGAAAUUUCGCUGGCAAAUAUUUGCAGAGAUUAAUGAAAGUGGAUUAGAGACGAAGUUCUAAAAUCAAAACGAGAUAAGACGGCACAAAUAUCUUACACAUAACAAGAGAGGACGAGCACGAGAGUGUGUGUGAGAGAGGGAGGGAGAACAAGUGUGCGACAGAGACAGCGAGAGCAGCAGAGCUUGGCUGAACUUUGACCCACUCGACGCGUUUGUCUUUUGACUCUUAGUGUUAAUCACGGCAAACGUGCCAGAGCGAACAGGUCGACCAAGUGGGGGCGUGGCGUGGCGAGGGACAAGCCGGGUGCUGGCUACUUAAAACCCGGGGCGACAGGCCAACACAUUGUUGCAGACACUUUCGCUCUCGCAACAACAACAACAACAACAACAGCAACAAUUUGCAAUUCAAACUAAAAGCAACGCAAAACAACAAAAAACCAAGGACAUGGACUCGUCGUCGCCGUGUUUGUCGCUGUUUGUCGCGUUGAUCUUCCUUGUGAUAAUUAAAGAAAGCUGUCAGGGACCACACGAGAAGCGCUUACUCAAUCACCUGCUCUCCACCUACAACACACUGGAGCGACCCGUUGCCAACGAAUCGGAGCCCCUGGAGGUUAAAUUUGGACUUACUCUACAGCAAAUUAUCGAUGUGGAUGAAAAGAAUCAGAUUCUGACCACAAAUGCGUGGUUAAAUUUGGAAUGGAACGACUACAAUUUACGCUGGAACGAAACGGAAUAUGGAGGAGUCAAAGAUCUGCGAAUUACGCCCAACAAACUGUGGAAGCCCGAUGUGCUAAUGUACAAUAGCGCGGAUGAGGGAUUCGAUGGCACGUAUCACACCAACAUUGUGGUCAAACAUAACGGCAGUUGUCUGUACGUGCCCCCUGGUAUCUUCAAGAGCACAUGCAAGAUAGACAUCACGUGGUUCCCAUUUGAUGACCAACAUUGCGAAAUGAAAUUCGGUAGUUGGACUUACGAUGGAAAUCAGUUGGAUUUGGUUUUGAAUUCCGAAGAUGGAGGGGAUCUUUCCGAUUUCAUAACAAAUGGCGAGUGGUACUUGCUUGCCAUGCCCGGAAAGAAGAAUACGAUAGUCUACCAGUGCUGCCCAGAACCCUAUGUCGAUAUCACCUUUACUAUACAAAUACGCCGACGUACAUUAUAUUAUUUUUUUAAUUUAAUUGUACCAUGCGUGCUAAUAUCAUCGAUGGCUCUGCUUGGCUUCACAUUGCCCCCGGAUUCGGGCGAGAAAUUAACGCUGGGCGUAACUAUUCUACUAUCAUUAACAGUAUUUCUAAACCUUGUUGCCGAGUCAAUGCCGACAACGUCGGAUGCUGUUCCUCUUAUAGGAGUUACAAUUCUUCUAUCGCUCACAGUGUUUCUCAACCUUGUAGCUGAGACAUUGCCCCAAGUAUCUGAUGCAAUCCCCUUGUUAGGUACAUAUUUCAACUGCAUCAUGUUCAUGGUUGCAUCGUCUGUGGUGUUAACGGUUGUGGUGCUCAACUACCAUCAUCGUACAGCGGAUAUACACGAGAUGCCACCGUGGAUAAAGUCCGUUUUCCUACAAUGGCUGCCCUGGAUAUUGCGCAUGGGACGGCCUGGCCGCAAGAUCACGCGCAAAUCAAUAUUAUUAAGCAAUCGCAUGAAAGAACUGGAAUUGAAGGAACGUUCUUCCAAAUCGUUACUAGCCAAUGUCCUUGACAUCGAUGACGAUUUUCGUCAUACAAUAUCGGGUUCACAAACCGCUAUCGGUUCAUCGGCUAGCUUUGGCCGACCCACAACGGUGGAGGAGCAUCACACUGCAAUAGGCUGCAAUCACAAAGAUUUACACUUGAUUCUUAAAGAAUUGCAAUUUAUAACCGCGCGCAUGCGUAAAGCUGACGACGAAGCGGAAUUGAUAAGCGAUUGGAAGUUCGCUGCAAUGGUUGUGGAUAGAUUUUGUUUAAUUGUUUUUACGCUCUUUACGAUUAUUGCAACGGUAACCGUGUUGCUCUCAGCUCCGCAUAUAAUCGUGCAAUAAGGCCGCUCAAUUUAGACACGCUAAGUUACAUACACACACACUGAUACACUCUACUGUAUAUGAGUAGAUACCUAGUUAAGUUAAUUUUCAAAAACAAAAACUAGAGAAGCUGCUUCGCAAAAAAGCAAAAAAAAUUGUUAAUUA